AUGGCGGGUGAGCAAAUGAAACCUGCUGCUUCUCUACUUCUGGUGCUGAACUUUUGCAUGUAUGUGAUUGUUCUAGGGAUUGGAGGAUGGGCCAUGAACCGAGCCAUCGACCAUGGAUUCGAAAUCGGUAAGUACACGAUCAUGACUGGCCCUGAUUUCAAUCUUCCAGCACAUUUCUCCCCAAUUUAUUUCCCGAUGGGGAACGCAGCCACAGGGUUCUUUGUGAUAUUCGCGUUGCUUGCGGGAGUUGUUGGUGCGGCUUCCACAAUCUCGGGCCUUAGCCACAUUCGUUCUUGGACCGUGGGAAGCUUACCGGCUGCAGCCACAGCUGCAACUAUUGCGUGGACACUCACAGUCCUUGCCAUGGGAUUCGCAUGGAAAGAGAUCGAGCUUCACGUGCGAAACGCAAAACUGAGAACCCUGGAGGCGUUCUUGAUCAUACUAUCAGUCACACAGCUUCUUUACAUCGCUGCUGUUCAUGGCGUAAGGAGACCUGCUUAA